GUUUCUGUGAAUUCUUCUCAUUCACAUCCAGCAAAGUCUUUCAAGGGAAAAUUUACAGUCACAGACCUUCUCUGGCUUGGAGAGCUGCCAGGCCGAUAAAUUCAAUACUUGGCAAGGAGUCAUGAACCAAUUAAGUGAACUAAUUGUCUCCUGCAAACUCCACUCCCCUUUCGCUCCUCUUUUAUUCCCUCUGGGAGGGGCCACUCAUCGUCCACCUGUGGCCUUACUGCCGAGUCGACCCUUGUUCCUUAGCCGUUCCCUUCUACUGGCAGCUCUGCGCAUGCAUGGGCACACUGGGAACAGGCUCCAGCUGUUCGUUUGCCUCACUGAUGUCCGACUCCGAAGGCAGCUGAUAACUGGCAGACGGCCCUGGCCCCCUCUCUGCCUCCGACGCAGAGCCUUCCCCAACCUCCUCAUUGCCCCAAUCUGUUGCCACCUCUGCUGGCUGCUGGUGGGCCACAACAGUGGGAGGGGCAGAAUCUCCACCCACAGGCCCAAAUGGGAGCCCCAGCAUCCUGGUUCAGACACACUUCCUUCUAUCCUCCAGCUUCCAAGCUGAGGAAGAAGAUGGAGACAGAUCGGGGAAGUAAAUUACUUGCAAAUGUUCCUUCUUAACUCUAGAAAACAGCUAAUGCCAUCCUGGGUUGUAUAAACAGAGGCGUAGAAUCAAGAUCACUUGAAGUAUUAGUACCACUUUAUAAACCCCUAGUAAGACCCCACCUGGAAUACUUGCAACCAAUUUUGGUCAUCGUGUUACAAAAAAGAGGAUGAGACUUUGGAAAACGUUCAGAGAAGAGCAACUAAAAUGAUCAAAGGCCUGGAGACUAAAAUAUAUGAAGAAUGGCUGCAGGAUUUGGGUCUGGCUAGUCGAAAGAAAAGAAGAAUUCGGGGUGACAGGAUAGCAGUAUUUCAGAUUUGACAUUUCCAACAUUUGAGGGGCUGUCACAAAGAAGAGGGGGUCAAAUUAUUCUAGGAAGCACCAGAAGGCAAAACAAGAUCGGAAACUAAUCAAGGAGAGAAGCCACCUGGAAUUAAAGAGAAACUUCCUAACAUUUGAGAACAAUUAACCAGUGGAACAGCUUGCCACCAGAAAUUGUGGAUGCUCCAUCACUGGAGGCUUUUAAGAAGAGACUGGACAGUCACUUGUCUGAAAUACUAUACUAUUUCAGUAUAGUAUAGUCUAGGUCCGUGAUAUGGCACACAUAGCCGUAUCGGUGGGCACGCGAGCUCAGCUCCGGUGGGACUGGAAGUUGGCAAACGGGCCGUUUUUGGCCUCGGGGGGAUGGAGGGAGGCCAUUUUUGCCCUCCCCAGACUCAUAGAAAGGCUCUGGAGGCUGGGAACAGCAAAAAACGGGCCUUCUGGUCCCACCGGAAGUUGGCAAACGGGCUGUUUCUGGCCUCCGGGGGGGUGGGGAAGGCCGUUUUUGCCCUCCCCAGACUCCUAGAAAGGCUCCGGAGCCUGGUUAGAGAGAAAAGUGGGCCUACUGGACCAUUGCGUGCUAGAAGCGGAGGGAGCGGGCAGGGGUUUCGUGUGCGCAGGGGUGAGGCGCAUAGAAUUAUGGGUGUGGCCACGUGCGCACACGACCCCCCCCACCCCCCCCAUCCUGGCCCGCGAUGGCAAAGAGGUUAGCCAUCACUGGUAUAGGUUCUCCCUUCCAGUCCCUUCCAGCUCCUAGUCUAGUCUAGUCUAGUUUAGUCUGCAAGUCCAGCCAUCGGGCUCUGAUUCUGCCCAGCGGAGCUCGUCUGUGCCAAGGAAUAUCUCCGUGGCUGGGUGCCCCCCAAAUCUCUAGGGAUUCCCUGGAAUUGUGUGAACUGGGAUCAAGUCAAAAUCCCACCGGUGGAAUCUGCCAGGGUUCUUUGAGCAUUAUCGGCUUGUUCCCUCAAGACCCCCGCCGUAUACCGGGGUGCUGCAGGCCAUGGCUUUCCAAACCUGGCAACUUUUAAAGACUUCUGGAUUUCAACUCCCAGAAUUCCCCAGCCGGCAUCACAUGAUUGCCAUUUGUGACCUUCCGCCGGGGGGGGUGGAGGAGGUGGAGGGCAGGUUUCCAACGAGCAAAGCUAAUGCGGGAAGGAGCCGGAUUCGCCUGAACGACCGCCUGGUUCGCUUAGCAACCGCGGGCCCAGAAAGGCGGUGAAAUCGGGCGCGGCUCAUUUAACGGCCGAUGGAAGUUCCAAUCCCAAUGGUGGCCACAAAUCAUGGACUACCCCGUGGAAUGAAAAAUACACACACACGUCUGAGCUCUUUUCCUACAGAUGCACAAUUUGUCCUUCGGGCUUGUUGUCUGCCAGCACCACAAUUUGUGGUGAGAAGUAGGUGUGAAAUACCGUUUUAAUCUCAAGUGUGCAAAAAAGACGGAGUGUGUGUGUGUGUGUGGUUGUCAGGGUGCGAACACACAAAAGGAGGUCAGCAGAAACGCUCCUACAAAACACACAACUGCCAAAUUAGGGGUGGGGAGAAAAUAUCCAAUUCUUAUUAAACCCAAUCUUCUAUUUUCCCAUCAUGAGGAAGCAAUGACCGCCAAAGCCUUGAUGUGGGGUCCCUUGCGCAGCCCCCCCCCCCGGUUCCCCCCACUAGCCUUUUCCUUCCAAAAUCCGGCUCUUCCCAUUCCAAAGUCCCAUCCGACGGAGCGAUUGCAUCAACUACAUCCAGUGGCGGUGAGUUCCCCUGGUGAACUCCGCACAAACGGCUUUUUUUGCUGAAGAUCACUUCAACUAAGGAGAGUUCUUUGAGGUGGCUAGAUGGGGAAUAAAGUGUGCUGGGAAGCCAGGAGCCACGGGGAAGGACAAACAGAGCCCCGGGGGCAGAUUCGAAUUUGAUGCCACAGCUACGAGAGUUGUGUCACGCGAGCCGGCAUGACCCUUGAUUCGUUCUGGCUUUGUGCGUUUGAACGUCGACAUUGCCUACGUUAUUAAACAGAUAUUAAACAGCUCUUCUCAAAAUUCUGGCCCCUGGGUUCACUUUGCCGCCUUCCUCGCAUCUUUGAAAGCUAGCCCACAAGGAAAUUCGAACCCUGCGCUGCUAGCUUUCUUGGUGCAAGUAUCCCUGAAAUGUUCAGUUUGAUGGACACAAGGACACACUGGCUUGUGAUUGGAAGAAUUGGCUUAAAUGCCACCCCGGUUGAAGACGAGAGCCACGAAGAGCUGGCAAGCCGAGUUUGCUUUGUCUCCUGUGCUGGAGCUAAAAAAAAGACAAUGCCCCCUUCUGAGAAAAAGGAGGUUGAAUUUGAGAAGAUGUUGCCCACUACAGAAGUGAUCCAUUUUUUGGAGGUCUACAACCGCAGCGUCUGUCAGCCCAAGGAGAUGAUGGUGUCCGUCACGGCAGAACAUCCGUCUCUGGACAACCACAUCAUGAUCCCAUCCUGCGUGGCCCUCAGGCGUUGUAUCGGCUGCUGUUCGGACGAUUCCUUGGAUUGCGUGCCCAGCCGUUCCCGGGAAGUCAUCUUGGAGGUAAUGGCUAGUCUCUUUCCAAACAGAUAUAUAACCCAGCUGACUUUUGAAGAGCACCUGGAAUGCAACUGCAGAUCGAGAACGAUGCUUUUUGGAUCUAAUUCAAUUAGUCGGUCCUGUGCACCUUGUCGCGACAGGAAAAAGCACCCGGAUCCACAGACGUGCAAAUGUGUGUGUCGCCACCGAUCCGGACGUUGUGAGAGGCGCGGGAUGAAAUUCAGCGAGAGGACUUGCAGAUGUGCGAAGCACCGAGGACGAAUCGUGCGGAGAAGAGUAAAACCCGCAUUGCAGGCUAGAUCCAGGCGAGAACCGAGCCCAACGGAACAUUGACUGUGGAUCGGCUAACGAAGACCGUUCUCUGCUGGGCGUGAAUCUUUUUACAUGCUCAGAGGCAACCUGCUAGUUUGGUUGGGGGGGGGAGGGCAGAAAAUUGGGGUACGGGUUUAAAUUCAGGAUACGUUGGCACAAUUGGCAUCAGAAAUUUCCGUUGCUACGCAAAAUGGUGGCGAAGGGAGGGGCACUUUCUUUGAUGGCCUUUUCGCCACCAUGGUUAAACGAGUCACUGCGGUCGUUAAGUGGAUCCCGCGGUCGUUAAACGAAUCCCCUCCAUUGACUUUGCUUGUUGGGAUGGUCUCAAAAAGCAAUCAGGUGUAGCCCGGGAUGACAUCAUUGUCAAUACACACCGGUUGUCAAGCCAGCACUUGAAUUUGGAUCACGUGGCCAUCGAUAUUGCGAUGGUCAUAACACGAGGACCGGUGACCAUAAACCAACUUCUUUUUCAGUGCCGUUGUUAAUGCUGAAUGGUUACUAAAAGAAUGAUUGUUCGAGUCGAAGACGUCACGUGUAUAAACCCAUGCCUUUGUGGCUUCUUGGACAAACCAUGGCUUGCUUGCCAUACAUCAAUUCAGAGUGUGUCAUUAUUUGUGGCUUUUCGUCGUAUGAUUCUUAUACAACCACGUGUUUUCCCUCUCUUGUGCUUGUCAGAAAGUGCGGCUCUGCCUUAAGCCUGUGGGGACAACAGAUUCUUUGGGACUGGGUGAUAUACAAAACACACACACACAGAGACACACACACACCCCACAAUGGGUUUUAGUGGCUAAGACGCUAAGCUUGUCAAUCGAAAGGUCGGCAGCUCAGUGGUUCGAAUCCCUAGUGCUGCCGCGUAACGGGGCGAGUUCCCAUUCCUUGUCCCAGCUUCUGCCAACCUAGCAGUUCGAGAGCAUGUAAAAAAUGCAAGUAGAAAAAUAGGGACCACUUUUGGUGGGACGGUAACAGCGUUCCGUGCACCUUUGGCGUUGAGUCAUGCCGGCCACAUGACCACGGAGACGUCUUCCGAGGGCGCUGGCUCUUCGGCUGUGAAACGGAGAUGAGCACCGCCCCCUAGAGUCGGGAACGACUAGCACAUAUGUGUGAGGGGAACCUCUACCUUUACCUUAUCUGUCUUCCUCCUCCCUCUCUCUUCUUUGGAAGCACGCAGAAAUAACUACAGGUGACCCUCGACUUAUGACCCCAAUGGAGCCCAAAAUUUCUGUCAUUAAGUGAGACCCUUGGUUUCAGUGCGUUUCGACCCAUUUUACGACCUUUCUUGCCACAGUUGUUAAGCGAUCAGUUACUAACCCCCAGUCGUUAAGUCAAUCCGGCUUCCCCGUCGACUCGGCUUUGUCAGAAGGUCACAAAAGGGGAUCACGGUCACUGCGACCGUCAUAACUACGAGUCAAUUGCCAAGCGUCUGAAUUUUGAUCACCUGACCACGGGAGGGGACGAUAACGAGCGGUUGUUAAGUGUGAAAAACGGUCCGAAGUCCCUUUUUUCAGCACCGUUGUAACUUUGAACGGUCACUAAGUGAACUAAGCCGAGGGCUACCCAUACUGACAGAGUCAUCCGUUCAAUGUCCAUAUUCAGAGGCAGUCUAUCUUUCAGCCCAAGAAGCUGGGGACAAUUUCUGAUCUGGAGGGAGUUCCUGGAAUUAUGAGAUUAGAUUGGACUCCUUCCCAAACCAGGAAGCCCAAGGACCCAGUCGAGAAUCCCCCACAGUUUUUCCAGGAAAAAAUAAAUAAAAACUGCUUUAACCUUUGAUAAGUCAAUAUUUAGAAAGGCCUUAGUGUCCCUCAGACACGGGGAACAGAGGGGAGGGCCUUGUCAACUCUCUUUCUACAAAGCUCUUUUGAAGCUGGGGAUAAAUUUACCAGAGGGUUUGCCUCACUCAUAUUCUGCCUGAUUUAAACUGAGGAACUCCCUGCUACUGGAUGUGUUUUCUACUCAGACGUUUGAGGUAGAGCCUCAUUUUUCCCCAGUUGCUAAAAUCUGGAGGCUAAAACAUAGGAAGCAGGGUUGCAGGAAUUGGGUAUGUCUAGUUUAAUGAAAAGGAGGACUAAGGGAGACAUGAUAGCAGUCUUCCAAUAUCUCAGGGGUUGCCCCAAAGAAGACGGAGUCAAGCUAUUCUCCAAAGCACCUGAGGGCAGGACAAGAAGCAAUGGGUGGAAACUAAUCAAGGAGAGAAGCAACCUGAAAUUAAGGAGAAACUUCUUAACAGUGAGGACAAUUUAACCAGUGGAACAACUUGCCACUGGAAGUUACUGGAGGCUUUUAAGAAGAGACUGGACAAGCCAUUUGUGUGAAAUGGUAUAGGUUCCUCAGCUUG